AUGUCAAAACGAAAGAAAAAUGAUCCAAAUCCUGAAGAUGAAGAUGAUAAUGAUUCACAAGAUAAACAUCGUCAAGUAGAACCACAGAAAGUUUAUGAUUUUCAAAAAAAAACAAUUGAAGUCUAUCCUGAACGUUUACGAGAAUUAAAUCGACAAUUUCUUUCAUCUAUAUCAACACAAAUAACAAAUGAACCUUAUAGUGUACUUGUUGGUAAUUGUCUUGAUUAUGUUCGUCAAUAUUUUAAUUAUGAAGAUGAUUUACUUCAAUAUUCACCAUGGCUUGUAACAAGACUUAAACAAUCUCGUUCAGAUAUACUUAAAUGUUUACCAGAGACAAUUGAUAUUUAUGAAGCACUUGCACGAAAUGAUUUUGAUCGUAUAUUUGAUAAAAAUAAUAUUGAAACAUCAUCAGAUGAUUCAAUUACAAAUAAAACUAGUAAUUCUAUUCAAUUUCGUCCUCCUCCUCCAACAACAACAACAACAACAAGUUCAUCAUUACCAUUAUUUAAUUUUAUAAAACCAACAACAACAACAACUAGUGAAUCAACACCAUCAACUGGUUUUAAUUUUAAAACAGCUACAACACCAGAAAAAAUAAUAAAUCCUUCACCAUUUACUUUUACUUUACCAAAUACAGGAUUUGGAACAUCAACAUUCACUUCAACUAAUUUUCCUAAUCAAACAAGUACAGAAAAAUCAACAAGUAGUACAGCAUCUUCAAUAAGUUUUACUCCAAUACCGAAAUUUUCAUUUGUACCAACACCAGCAUCAACUAGUGAAGAACAAAAAGGAACAACAGAAGAUAAUGAAGAUGAACCAAAUGAACCACCAGAACCAGAAAAAGUUGAACAUGAAGCAGAUGCAAAAUUGACAUACAGAUGUCGAAUGGGAGUAAAUAAAAGUGGUAAAUUAAUAAAACGUGGUCCUGUACAAGUUAUACUCAAAGAAGCUAAUGAAAAACGUCAAUUAAUUGUUCGAUCGGAUGAUUCACUUGGUCGUUUAUAUUUAAAUAUUUUAUGGUCAACAUUAAUUGAAUUAAAAAAAAAUUCAACAAAAGAUCUUACAUUUGUCUGUAAACUUAAUCCGGGUAUGGCGGAAAUAAAAGAAGGUGAAUUUGUUAUGAUAUUAUUUCGAUUUGAUAAUGAAACAGAACGUAAUGAUGCAUAUGAAAAACUUAACAAAGAACGAACAUAA